AUUCCAGAAUCGCAAUCCAUAUUUACCGCACAUAGCCGCCUUUCUUGCCAAAAUUCCCUUUCCUACCUAAAAAUCAAUCCAUUUCUAAUACCACCAAAAUUUCACUCUCCGAACCAAACAACAACACUCAGAUUUCACACCCUUUCUUCCUAUCCCUCCUUCUCUCUCUCAAUCUCACAAUUUCUUUUUCCAGAAACUUCGAUAAUGGAGUCUACACCGGUGAAUUGGGAAGCUCUUGAUACUGUCGUAAUCGAAUUCGCCAAAUUGGAAAACCUCAUCGAAGAUUCCUCUUCUGCACCAUCUCCUUCUCCUUCUUCUUCCCCUUCUUCUUCCUCUUACCACUCCAGACUCAUCAUCCGCCAGAUCAGACGGUUCUUGGAGACCGGCGCAAUCGACGCCGCUGUCGAUCUCCUCCGUCUCCACGCUCCCUCCAUCCUCAACGAUCACAGGAUUCUCUUCCGUUUGCACAAACAGAAAUUUGUUGAGCUUCUUCGGAAAGGAACAAGUGAGGAUCGAGACUCUGCUAUUGAUUGUUUGAGGACUGCUCUUGCUCCUUGUGCACUCGAUGCUUAUCCGGAAGCAUAUGAGGAGUUCAAGCAUGUUUUGCUCACAUUUAUUUAUGAUAAGGAGGAUAAGGCCUCUCCCGUGGCCAAUGAGUGGUCUGAAAGGAGGCGGCUUGACUUAGCUGGAUUUCUUUCUUCUAUGUUAAGAGCUCAUUUAAAUGCUUAUGAUCCAAUUUUUUCAAUGGCUCUAAGAUAUUUGAUAAGCAUACACAGGGCAUAUUGUUUACGUCAAGGUAUUACAUCACCCAUCUCUGAUCUGACUGAAAGAUUGCUCCUGGAGGAACGUGACCCACCUGCAACGCCACAGGACAUAUUAUAUGAAAUGCCUCCAUUUGAUGAGGUGGACAUACAGGCUCUUGCACAUGCUGUAGAACUUACCAGACAAGGGGCUAUAGAUAGCUUGAGAUUCGCAAAGGGUGAUUUAUUCCUGGCAUUUCAGAAUGAGUUGUGUCGGAUGAGAUUGGAUGUCCCAUUCCUUGAUCAACUUGUUCGUGAGUACUGUGUGUACAGAGGAAUUGUCAACUCUGCAUUUGGGAAGCAACAUAUGCCAGAACCUGUAAAAUCCAACCAACAAGAUCCUGGCUAUUGCUCAUCAAGGGAUUGUUCUCUUGAGCUAGAUUAUAAUGCCAGUAAACAUUCUGAUGGUGAAACUUCAGUUACCAAUGCUCAGAUGGAUGAUUCUCCUGAAAAUAAUGCUGAUGUGACCAGCAUGCAAGGAAUAGAUUUUGAAGUACGAUGUGCUUCUGAGCUUGCAAGUAUUCAUGAAGACUGUAGCACCAGUGGGUCGCAGCACCUUGAAGAUCCAAGUGUUUUGUAUCGAAGCAGAUUGUCUGGAAAUGGAGAACGAGCGAAGCGUAAGCGAUGGAGAGGACGAUAUGAUGACGAUAGUUACAUGGCCAAUGCUUCCUUGGAAGAGCACAACAAGCAAGAACAGAGCAUAAGUACCACUGUUUCAACUUUAUCCAAAGAAAAACAGGGCUCUGAAAAACUUUCUGUACAAGAUGGUAGUAAUGUGGAAAAUAAAUAUGAGAUUCUGUUGGGUAUGAAGGAAUUAGCUAGCAAAGGGAUGGCUGCUGAAGCGGUUCAAGAAAUCAAUACUAUUGAUCCAAAUUUCUUUGGCCAAAACUCUGUUUUGCUCUUCCAACUCAAGCAGGUUGAAUUCCUCAAGUUGGUCGGUUCUGGUGAUUUCAAUGCUGCUUUGAAGGUUGCUUGCUCCCAUUUGGGUCCUUUAGCUGCUAGUGACCCUGCUUUAUUAAAGCCGUUGAAGGAGACUCUCUUGGCUUUACUACGACCAAAUGAAGACGCUCUUGGAAAUGCAUUGCCUCUACACGCUCUAGCGGCUUCUCUCCAGGUUGCAGUUGGACGGAGGCUUGGUAUUGAAGAACCUCAACUCAUGAAAAUAAUGCGAGCCACACUUUAUAGUCAUAAUGAGUGGUUCAAACUUCAAAUGUGCAAAGAUCGUUUCGAAGGUCUUUUGAAGAUCGAUUCCUUGAAGGAAGCUAAUACUCCCUUCCUGGCUCCAGUAUAUACGUCCAAGUCAUAUGCUGAUAGCUGCACAAAUGGAUCUUCUCAGAUCACAGUUUCUUCAGGCACUAAAAUGUCAGAGGAUGGUAGCAGUCCAACCCAAGAGUCUUCCAGGGAUCUAAUCUGUGAUGAAAAUGCAAUACUCAAAGUAAUGGAGUUUUUGGCUUUGCCAAGGGCUGAUGCUAUCCAUCUGCUUGCUCAAUACAACGGAAAUGCCGAGACGGUAAUUCAGCAGAUAUUUACAUAGGCAUUUCAGACAAGUUAAAUGAUUUUUUCGAUAUUAUUUUAUUCAAAUUUGUGAAAAAAUGUAUAACACGUGUAAAUGUAGCUGCAAAGAGGAGGAAGUGAUUGUGUAACAUUUGAAAUCUGAAUUUGACAUAAACUUAUUCUCUGUACAGAAUCUCUUGAUUUAUGUUCUCAGUUUUAGUAUGAGAAAGUUGUAAGUAAUAUAAUAAUUAUUGGCGUGUUUAAAUGUUUCAUAAGAUCAAUACUUGGUCAUGCUCUGAUUUUCUACAACAGGUACUUGAAUAGGAUUCGAACAAAAUUCUGGCUAUGUGCUUGCGAUGUCCAUGCCUUAAUCACUCUAGAUUUACUUAGAGUUCAUACAAAGAAGUGUUAAUUUCAUGUGCUUCCUUCAAUAUUUAAUAAUUGCGUGUAAAAAAAGUUUGGAUUCCCGUGUUAUGAAUAUUUUUCUGUUUUGGCCCUUAAAUUGCUAUGUCAAAUUGAUGAUUUUUGAAAGCCUUUAUACAGUGUUAUUAUUUUUUA